CUUUGAACCCAGACUGGACUGCAACCACGAGCAAUGGAUUACUACGCGCCUUGGAUUCAGCUGGUUGUAUCACCAUACUUCUUAUUUAUUGCCUGGUGUCACCCACUUAUGCCGAGAGAAUUAAACGCUGAGGUACCUUAACCAGUCCACAAAGUAAAAUAAUGCGGUGAGAACAAUGCCGUCGGGUUCGAUCGAUUGGAAGGUUAUUUUGUGACGAUUUGCGGGUCGCCCGUCGGCCAUUAUGGACAUGUGUGGACUAAACCGAAAGAAAAUUUGCAAACGACUUCAUCUCCUCUUGGCAAAUCAUUCGCCUAUCUUGGAGGACCCCGCAUGCCUCCCUCCGGUAUACCAUCAGGCCGCGCUGCUGGGUGACAAAUCCCACUUUGUACCAAACCAGAUCGAAUUGCUCACUUUGGCCACCAUAGAUUGAAAAUCGCUUACCUACCUACUAUGAAUAUGCAGCAGGUGAACUGGCGUUCCCACAAUUGCUACUCCAAUAGCUAGUUCUUGAACUACUUUAUUUGUCGCAUUGAACUGGGUUGUAACGCGCGCAGCUUUACCCGUCAGCAACCGUUACUCUAAGAAGCAAUCGUCCCGUCUGCCAAGGCACCCGGUGCGGCAUGGAGUCAGGCCCGGCUUUAAUGCCUGGGACAAACCUCCAGAUAACUCCGGGCUCCGCCCUUCAAGGGCAGCCUCGCAAUAGAAUCCGCUUCUCUUGUACCAAAUGCAGAGAGAAAAAGUUAAAAUGCAAUCGCGAAACGCCUUGCGAUCAGUGCAAAAAGCGAGAUAUUGGAGAAACAUGCGUUUAUAUUCCUUAUGCCCGAUCAAAGACCGGCACAGACACUAUAUCCGCAGCAAAAUCGUCCUCACCACAGUCAACAAACCACAUUUCUCACCACCCUGAUCAGGUCGGCCAAGCCGGAAAUAUCGGAGCUGGAAACCCCGGAGUCGGGAAUAAUGCUGCUCUACUGUCUAGACUACGCCAUUUAGAGCGACUCGUCCAUGUCCUGAAGGCAAAAAGCUCAAACGAUGGCAACCACCCGGGUCCAAAUCAGCUCGUCUUGGACGAGAAGCAAAAGUCCGAUGAGGAAUCGUCAGGCGAUGAUGGCACCCCGGGUAGCGCUACAGCUGGACCCAUCUUUGGCCAAAGCCGUUAUGUGGAGUUUGGUAACUGGGAAGCUAUUCUCGAUGAAAUUACCGAACUCACAGAAGACUUGCGGGUCUCUGAUGAAAAUGUCGAGUUACCGCGGACAUAUGUCGGUGCACCUGUGCCCUCUGGCUUCGCAGAAGGCCCGGUCCUUCUGAUGGGUGCCUGGCCUCGCGCCUCAUAUUCCGACCUGUUGUCCUGUUUGCCUGCCCGAAAUGUGGUGGAUCAACUUACUAGCCAUUUCUUCCAGGCCAAAGAGCCAGCAUGGAUGAUGUUUCAUAUCCCUGCAUUUUUGAGGCGCUACGAUGAGUUCUGGAAAUAUCCAGAACAAUUCACGUUCUCGUGGCUGGCUCUCUUGUUUACUAUGAUGAGCCACGGGACACUAUUCUGUCUUCUUGGUGACAUCGAGAACCCGGAGAACUUGGGCGAUCCUCUAGAGACUGUUGACAAGUACCGUUCCCUGGCGGCACACUGCCUCGUCCUCGAUGACUAUACAAAGCCCGACAAGUACAAAGUUGAGGCUUUGCUUCUCUAUACGGGCAUUGAACAUUUUAAGCAGCCCGAUGCCCGGCGUGGCACUUCUAUGGUUUCUACCAUUGCCUGUCGCCUUGCUAUUCACAUGGGUUUGCACCGGGACCCCAAGCACUUCAGGGACAUGUCGCCUUUUGAAGGAGAAAUGAGGCGCAGGGUGUGGACUCUGGUGCUCGAAGUUGAUCGCCACGUGUCGUACCAGUUCGGCCUCCCUUGCAAUAUCCAAGCGAGGUUGUGUGACACGGAGCCGCCGCGUAACCUUCACGAUGAAGACUUCAACGAGUUCACCACCGAGCUGCCUCCGUCCCGCCCAGAAACAGAGCAGACCCGUACCCUCUACAGUAUAGUGAAGCGUCGACUUCUCGGAAUCUUUGCCGAGAUAUUUGAAACGUCGCACCUGCUCCCGCGGUACUCGCAGGUCUUGGAGCUGGACAGGAGAUUGGAGGAAUUGCACGAUUCCAUGCCGGUGGUUUUCGCGAUGCGCUCCUUCCGGCAAAGCAUCGGUGACUCGAUCUACCUGGCCAUGCAGAGAUACUGGCUCGACUUGCUCUACCAAAAAGCUCGAUGCGUCUUGCACCGGCGCUUCAAUCGGUUUCCCAAAUCGCGCUGGGCCUGCGUCGAUGCGGCCGUCAAAAUCAUGCGCCUUCAAUACGACGUCCAUGUCGAGAUGCAGCCAGGAGGCCGCCUCGCCCGCGAGCGUCUGUUCAUAUCGAGUCUGUACUCGCACGACUUUCUUCUUGCCAACAUGAUUCUCUGCGCCGAGCUGUCGCAGGUUAUGAAGGCCGACUCGGAUUAUGCAUCCACGCCCAACGGAUCCACGGUGUCUUCUGACGACAAGGACAGGAGAGGGUCUCACUCGGUGCCAUUUAUGUCAAAGGAGAACCUGUUGGAGAUUCUGCGCACAUCUCGAGACGUGUGGCAGACCACCCGCCACGAAUCCUCAGAGGCCGAUCGCGCGUUCAAGAUCAUUUCCCGCAUGCUGACAGUCGCCACCGGGACCGUGUUCGGGUCGAGCCCCGACUCGACCGGCAGUGAUGCCCGAGAGGCCGGGGAGAGGCUGAAGAGCGAGCCACCGAAGGGUCCUCCAGGGUUUGAUGACGAUUUGUAUAAAGCGUCUGAUUCGCUUGGUCCGAAUAUCGGACAUCUGGAACCGGAUAGCUUGGGCCAGGACGAAAGUGUUCUCGAUCCUCUGGCCGGCGUUCUCCCACAGCAGCAAUGGGGUCCAAACCGCCUCGAGAGUGCUUAUAGCAGAGAUUGGACGUUACCAGUACCUAUUGGGGCCACAAUACAACACGAUUUCGAAGGGAUGCUGUAUCCGGGUACUGAACUGAACUGGGCCGAUUGGGACAGUCAAAUGCAAAACAAAAGUGCAGACGCCUCGCAGAUGCACUGGAAUGCUUUUCACCCCAACAAUCAGUAAUAAUUUGACAGGCUCUGCAGCAGAUCCUCCUUGUUGGAGGUGUAGCUCUCAGGGCCCGGUUGGACUCGAUUUGAGGGUACACCGCUGGAUAAUACUUGAUCUUAUUAUGUAACUAUUUGUGUAAUGAACUGGCUGCAAAGCCAGCCACCCCGCCAAGAAACACAUGAUGCUAAACCCGCAUAUAUGCAAGGGAGUUUACUGCCG